UCCCCGCCCCUGCCCGCCUUCCCCUGCCUGUCCAUCCGCCCUUGCGUCCCUCCGACUCUCUCCACAUCGCAGACGCUUCUCCAUCUCCGUGGCCCUGCAUCUUCCCGUUUGCCUGAACAUCUCUUGCUCGGUCUCUCCAUCUCUUCCUCUUCCGUCCCUUCUGUUUGCCUGUUGUUUGCCUCUUACUGCCUCUUCCCCUUCCUCUUCUAUCUCUUCAGUGCAUCUGAUUGUCUGUCUCUCCCAGCUGACGACCCCGGCUGUUAUUCUGGUCUCCAGAAAUGUGGCGUGAGAGCUUUGGACUUCUAGAAAAAUCCUACGUCAGUGGCGCACCAGCAUCCUUUUUGCUGGGGAAGGAUCUCCAUAUACCCCUGUGCCCAGUACCCCUUUGUAGUGCAGUGGUGGAUGUUGCCAUCCAGGACUAUGUGGCUGAUGUGGCCUCUGAACUGAUCUACCAGAACAAGAGUCGUACCUCCUCAGAAGUCAUCUUUGUCUUCCCCCUCGCCCCCCACAUGACCAUCUACUCUUUCCAGGCCUUAAAUGAGGAUGCCAAGGUUCAGGCCUUGCUGCAGGAUGAGACCCAGCAGCUGCACAAGGCUACAAAGGGCCAGGAGAACUGGGAGUACCUUCAGCAUCAGUCUGAGCGUUCAGGCGAGGUGUUUGCCUGCUUCCUGGGUUCCUUGUCCCCUGGCAAGGAGAUGGUCGUGACCUUACGCUAUGUCCAAGAGCUGCCACGGAAGCUAGGUGGAGCAGCCCAGUUUUUGUUGCCAGCCACGCUGCAUCCUCACUGGAACUACUACACCUGGAAUUGUCACAAUAACAAGCCUUACUACAGCCUGCUGCUCACCGCCAGCCUGCAGUCACCCCGUGGUGUGGUCAAUGCCGAGGCCAACUGUGCUCUUACUCCUUUGAUCUACACUGCCCAGGACCACAGCGCUGCACAGGUCUCACUGGCUGAGACCCCUCCAAGAGAUGAUUUUGAGCUGCUUGUGUAUUAUGGAGACCCCACUGAAGUCAGUGCUGUGGUGGAGAAGGGAGACCCUGGGGCCCCCGUUGGCUCCCUGCUUGGUGACCCCCUUGUGUUGGUGACUCUGUCACCCAGCAUCCCUGAUGCAAUGCCUGGGCAGUGCCGGUCUGGGGAGUUCAUCUUCCUUCUGGACACCACUUUCCUUGAGCGUGCACAGGAAUCCCUGCUCUUCCUUCUCAAAAGCCUUCCCCUGGGCUGCUACUUCAACAUCUACUGCUAUGGAGCAACAUCUGUGGGCAUCUAUCCGCAAAGUGUUGAAUAUACCCAAGACAACCUGACCAAGGCAAUGCAACGCAUCCCGUCCACCAGCUCUUGUCUGGGUGAUGCUGACCUGCUUGGAACUCUUCGCACAAUCUACAAUACGCCCCAGCCCCACGGACAUGCACGACAGCUCUUCAUCUUCAUGACUGGGCUACCUCCUGACAAGGAAGCCAUUGCUGCUGAGGUCUGCCAUCAUCGCAACAGCCACCGGUGUUUCUCCUUCUGCUUCUCUGAGGACAGUGCUGCCCUGGCCAUGACUCUGGCCAGGGAGACAAGGGGUGAAGCUACCUACGUCAAAUCUGACAAAGAACUGGCAGUUGUGGUGCUGAACUGCUUGAAAAGAGCCCUUAAGCCAGCAGCUGAGGGAGUCUCUCUGAGCUGGACUCUGCCCCUUGGCCUGGAGGCUGAGGUGCUGGGAGGCACACCUCAGUCCAUCUUUCAGGGUGAACACAUCCAUCUCUAUGCAAAGAUUCGUGGAGAAGCCCAGGAUAUGAAAGUGGCCACUGGUGUCUUGACUUUGCAGUUCAGCCUGAAUGGCCAGAAUGUCGCUCACACGAUCCCGUUCCCACUAUGCCCACAGGGAGAUGGCCGGCUGGCAGGUCAUCGUCUGGCUGCAAGGUGCUUGCUCGGGAUGUUGUUGGCAGACGUUGUGAGUGGGUCAGGGGAUGAACCAAGGCAACGCGCAGUCGAGAUCAGCCUGACUUCAGGGAUCAUCUGCCCCUUCACCAGUUAUGUGGGGGUUCGCACAUCUCAGUGGGUUACCUGGUACCAAGGGCCCCUGGCACUGCUGCCACCCCACCAGUCACUGGUUGCCUGCCAGAUCCUUCAACUACGUGGCUCCAUUUGCAGCUCUUCUUGCUUUCCUAAGAGCAUCUUCAUCCCACCUGGCUGGCUGACUGCAGUACAGGAGUCAUGGUUUGCCAUCCAGCGUCUAACCCAUGACAUUGCUGCCUUGGCUCAGAAUGGGGCUCACUCAAAAGCACCUAAAUCACCGCCACCAUCUAUUUAUUCUCUCGAGAGUGUGGAUCCCAAUUUUGUUUUGUCCUCUCAAAUUUUUUGGCCAUGGGUCAGCAAAGCCAUUGAUGAGUGUCAGGAGCUGGUUGCACUGCAGAAUGUAGAUGGCUCUUGGACCCUCAGCUCAAGCUUAGCUUCUGCACUGCAAGUCGAUGAGGCUGAAAUCAAGGGAAAGAUGCCUGGUGAGGUCACAGAGCCAAGCAUCUGGGCCACAGUACUGGCUGUGACCUGGCUGCAGAAGAAAAACAGGUAUUAUCAAGGCCUAUGUGAGUUGCUGGAGGCCAAGGCUGUGACCUGGCUGUGCAGCCGAGCUGCGUCCCAGCUGGACAAAUGCCUGGAGGCAGCCAACACCCUCCUCGAGAGCAGCGUGGAGCUUGUUGCAGGAAAAGCGGCCGAAAACUUGACAGACACUAGUAUGGUCAGAUCAUGCUCCAUUUUAUUACCCGAAUAGCCUGACUUUUAUAGUGAACUUAACAGGGGCGGAUAGUGUCUCACACAAGAUUAUUGGUCAAAAGCACUCAGA